AUGAAGGCGGUGGCUGGAUGUCUCUCAGUGUACGGCGGCUCGCAGGGCUCAGUCCGUGCCGCUCCGCCGCUCGUGCUGCUGCUGACGAUGGGAGACGUUCUGUGUGAAGAGCUCGAGGAUUUAGUUCACUUCUCCGUCAGCGACCUGCCGGCACGAGGCUAUGUCGUCAUGGAGGAGAUUCGACGUCAGGGGAAACUCUGUGACGUCACGCUCAAGGUCGGGGAUCAUAAGUUCAGCGCUCACCGGAUCGUGCUGGCGGCCUCCAUUCCGUACUUUCACGCCAUGUUCACCAACGACAUGGUGGAGUGCAAACAGGACGAGAUCCUGAUGCAGGGCAUGGACCCCAG